ACUUUGAAAAAAAAUCAGUUCUUCACGAAAACCCUUAUUAAAAAUCCCAUUUAGAUUUCCUAUUUCCUAAUAGGGAUUCAGUUUUUCUAACAAGGAUAACCAAAAUGAACAGAAACAGCUAAAGGAGGAUCUGAUGAUCCACCCCCAAAACAAGGCCCAGUUACAAUCCAUCCGCCGUUUCCACAUUUCCAUUUCAGGACCUAAACUGAUGGCCCCUGUUCACUUAAAUUUUAUAGAACAGCAGAAACUCUGAGAGAUAUUGAAUGACAGAGAAACCUGACGCAUUGAAAAAAAAAAGACACCUUCUUUGCUCUUUUUCUCACUUUUGAAGAAAAAUGGCUUCUAAUGUUAUAUUGCAAUCGUCUCUGGUUCAACAAAAACCUUCACUUUCUGCUAAAAAGCUUGAAAACCCAUCUCCGUCUUUCCCAUCCGGGCUCUCUCCUGCAUCAAGGGUUGGUUUUUCGCCAAAAAAGACUACUGGGAUUGUUGGAAAAGCAUCGUUGGGAUCGGCUGUGUCGGACUCAACCUCUUCAGUUUUGGAGUAUAAGAAAAACAGCAAGAAUCCCAUUAUCGUCAUUGACAAUUAUGAUAGUUUCACGUACAAUCUUUGCCAGUAUAUGGGAGAGCUUGGAUGUCACUUUGAGGUUUAUCGAAAUGAUGAGUUAACUGUAGAAGAGUUGAAAAGGAAAAAUCCUAGGGGAGUGCUUAUCUCCCCUGGUCCAGGAACACCCCAAGAUUCUGGAAUAUCAUUGCAAACAGUUUUGGAACUUGGACCUAUUGUACCUUUGUUUGGCGUUUGUAUGGGUUUGCAGUGCAUCGGUGAGGCUUUCGGAGGAAAGAUAGUGCGUUCUCCCUUCGGUGUUAUGCAUGGCAAAAGUUCUCUUGUAUAUUAUGAUGAGAAGGGGCAAGAUGGGUUGUUCACUGGAUUGUCCAACCCUUUCAAAGCUGGAAGAUAUCACAGCCUUGUGAUUGAAAAGGACAGUUUUCCUGGGGAAGAACUCAAGAUUACUGCUUGGACAGAAGAUGGACUGAUAAUGGCUGCUCGGCACAAAGUCUAUAAGCACCUACAGGGUGUUCAAUUCCAUCCAGAGAGCAUCAUAACCUCUGAAGGCAAAACAAUUGUUCGCAAUUUCAUCAAACUGAUAGAGAGAAAGGAGGCGACUGAAUCCCAGAAUUAGAGGUCUUGUUCUGCACAGAAAUACGUCAGUCAUAAAAUGUCACAGACCAGCAUAGGCCAUAAAAUUGCUGAUGCGUAAACUCAUAUCCUUUCAUCUUUUCUUUUUGUCCUUUCUUUUGGGAUCAUGCAAGUCUGCUCAUAGAAUUUGAAACUCGGUGGCCUCAUUUAUAUUUCGAAAAACUUUCUGAAUGCAUCUGCCUCUUCUUGGUGGAAAGAAUCCUUCUGGAUAUUUAUGCUUUUGGACUAUCAUUUAUGUUUCUUAUCAGUUGCUAGUUUCAAAAAAAAUCUUUUAAUGAUCGUAUGGUUAUAGAUGGAGGGCAUGAUCUUGCAAGUCAUUUAUAUGUUAUUUUCUUACAAACAUGUAUUAAUAAAAUUCCUUUUCUUUCGUUUCUUCCA